AUUCUUUAGGCUUCUAAUAAACUCCUUUAAUACAUUCUUUUAUUCUUUUCAAAACAGCCAAGUUUCUUGUUUAACUCAACAUGCAAUUCCUUGGCAUCCCUAUAGGAGUUCUGCUACUUGUUUCAGCAGUCUCUAUAUCUGCUCUUCCUGUUCAGUAAGCGUUAUUGUUACCUAAUUUCCCUCUGUCACGUAAACUAAUUUAUAAAAUAGACCUAAAAGCGCCGUACUUGAAGCUCGACAACCAGUUACUCCAGGUCUUCCGGCCACCGCCGCUGGAGGAGCACUCGCAAAGCCUCCUUUACUUUCCAAUUGGUUGACCCAAGCGCUACAUUCACAACCUGCUUCCAAAUCGCGCCCAGAGACGCUGAAGGCAGCGAAGGGUCCGGCUCCCAUGCCACCUCCUCAAGAGAUCAAGGUUGCAGAUGAGAAGGCAGGGAAGUUCCCGACGCCAGGGCUGUUUGGGAACCCUUUUGGGCCACCACUACCGUCUAAGGUAAAGAACCCGAGACCAGAUCGUAUGGGCUUUUAUGGUGGGGGGAACAAGAUGGACCCCCAGCCAAAGAAUUGGAAGGAGUCGGAUUAUUCGGUUUAAAUGACUUGCCGCCCACGCUCGGCGAUGUUAUUACAACCGCUGCUUUUUAGAGCUAAAUGGGCACAACGGGUGGCGAUUCCUUUUCUGCCAGAGUACUUAAGGCAGGGUUUUUAUGGUGGGAGAAAUGUGGUCGAACAUCCUCGAAUCACGGUCAAUUGAAGCAGUGUCUUAGAAUAAUAGGGUUAUAAUGGCAUAGUCAAAGGUUUUUGGAGCAAAG